GCGUCGCGCAUACCAGGUUCGGAACAGAAGUACGAUUGCCGACUCUCGGCUUGCUCUGAACUGAGGAAUUCGCCGCCGUCACCAUGCCACAAGGGGAUUAUAUCGAACUCCAUAGAAAGCGUCAUGGCUAUCGUCUCGACCACUUCGAGCGAAAGCGCAAGAAAGAGGCUCGUGAGGUUCACAAGCGCUCUGCCAUCGCCCAGAAGACUCUGGGUAUCAAGGGCAAGAUGAUUGCCAAGAAAAAUUAUGCCGAAAAGGCUCAGAUGAAGAAGACUUUGGCCAUGCAUGAAGAGUCAACAUCCAGGCGCAAGGUUGAUGAUGAUGUCCAUGAUGGGGCAGUUCCUGCAUAUCUUCUUGAUCGUGAGAAUACAACCAGAGCGAAAGUUCUUAGCAACACCAUUAAGCAGAAAAGGAAGGAGAAGGCUGGAAAAUGGGAUGUUCCUCUACCUAAGGUGCGUCCAGUGGCUGAAGAUGAGAUGUUCAAAGUGGUCAGGUCUGGCAAAAGAAAGACUAAACAAUGGAAGAGGAUGGUCACAAAAGCUACAUUUGUUGGGCCUGGUUUUACCAGAAAACCUCCAAAAUAUGAGCGUUUCAUACGACCUACGGGAUUGCGGUUUACUAAAGCUCACGUGACGCAUCCAGAACUGAAAUGCACCUUCAAUCUAGAGAUAAUUGGAGUGAAGAAAAAUCCAAAUGGUCCUAUGUACACCUCUCUUGGUGUCAUGACCAAGGGAACCAUCAUUGAGGUGAAUGUCAGUGAACUUGGUCUGGUCACCCCUGCUGGGAAAGUUGUAUGGGGUAAAUAUGCCCAGGUGACAAACAACCCAGAAAAUGACGGCUGUAUAAAUGCAGUUUUGCUUGUUUGAGCUGGAAGCAAGGAUUUGAGUGCUGACUUGAUCUCUAUGCCCGUGCUGGCUCUGCUAUUGGCUGACUCAUGCACCACUAUAUUUCAUUUCAUCUUCGUGUAAACUGUUUUGUAAUCUCUGCCGGCGCCUGCAUAUUUAGAAUGAGGAAACUGGGGAACUAUUAAAAUUUUUGACCCAACAGUGGCAGUUGUCUGAUUAUACUAAUAUUUAGCGAGUCUAGUCUUCUGUGGUUAUUGUACCCUGGGGAAAUCAAAGAUUUGUUGAGCAAAAUUAAAGUUCUUUACUGAGAA